AUGAUUAAGAUAAUUCAUCCAAAAAUAACUUCACCAAACCAAUACAAAAAAAUAAAACGAAAUAAUAGUGGCAGACCUUUACUUGGAUCUGGGCGUACCAUUCGAGUUGACUCUUCAAUAAAAGCAAAUAAAAAUGUGGACAAGCCUCAGAUAUCUGCUACACAUCCAAUAGACUAUUUCGAACUGCUUGAUGCUGAAAACAUUCAGAGUAAAGCACAAUCACACCUGCAUGAAGAAAAAAUGUGGCCAAUUGCACCUGAUGGUUUUAUUCCAAAUUCGGUGACACGCUCAAUAUUUAAAACAAAACAAAUAGAGCCAAUAGAAAGGAAAGUCUUUAAAUUAAAAUGGCUCGAUAUACCAGAGAAUAAUCGAAGAGAAAAUUUGGACGAUGGCGAAGAAUUUGUUGAUUUUGAUGAUCCAGAAGCAUCAUUUAUAUCAGCAUCAGCAGACAAACAGUCAAAUAAUCGAAAAAAAAUAAGGGGUUUAACUUAUGGUAUCGAACCGACGUUAGUCAAUCAAGUAUUGUCUAUUUUAUUAACAAAUUUAGAUAGUAGUGAGAAUGACGGUUUACAUCCCAAUUUAAUACUAUGUACAAUUCGUACAAUUGAACAAUUUGUAAUCGAACGCAAAAGUAUAAUACUAUCUCUACUUGAAUUGGCAGGAAACUCGGAGAAGGAUGAUAUUGUUACUGAAGCAAUUAAUGCUGUCAAAUAUAUCACAGAUGUCAAUGAUUCAAAUUUAAUUGUUUUAGUCUUAAAAAACAUGGACUCUGUUCGAUAUGCUGAUGAUGAAAAUUUUUCAUUAAAAUCGAUUGUGGCCACAUUGAGAAGUGCUGAUGAGCAGUUAAUAGAGGAUAUGAUGGAUGGUGUUGAACAAGAUACAACCGAAAGUACUAAAUUACAUCCAUUAUUAAAAAAGAUUUCACAAGAAAAAUGGUAUCCAAAAGAUUUAUUACCAACAAUUGAAAAUGUGGUUGAAGCAAUUUUAGAAAAAAUAUUGACAGCAAAUAAAACACAACUGAAAACAUUCACAAAGUAUUUAAUUGAAUUACAACGAAAUAUCGGCUUUUCAAAUGAACUAUAUGAUCGCUGUGUCGAAGGACUUGUGCCGUUACUAUUACAUAAUGAGCCAGAUCAUCGAUCAAUUAUUGCUAAUACACUAGGCGAAUUAAAAAUUGAAACAAAAACAGCUGAUAUUGCACUAUUAAAUGCAUAUGUUAAUGACAAACGAGUGCUUGUUCGAACCGAAUGUUGUGAGGCACUGAAAAAGUUGUCUGGAAUUCAAUCGGACACUGUCUUAAAAGAUAUAGCAGAUGAUAUUGAUCAUUUAGAAACAUUACCUUCGGCAGGCUUUAGUUUACAGAAUUAUUUUAACCAAAAAAGGAUGCCUGUUGAAGCUGAAGGCGAUCAGCAAGAGCAGCAGCAGAAUGAAACAAAAGAAUAUGCAAUAAUCGACGAGAAUGAACAAAAAAUAGAUGAAGAGCAAGCAACUGAAUUUCAGCAAGAACAGUUCUCAACUGAAGUUGAACAAAAACAACAUCCAACUGAAGUGGUUCAUAUGACUGAAACUAGAGCUGAACGUGAGGUUGAAAUACCAGUUACAAUACAGCGUUAUGAGAAAGUUGUUGAGCCAUUCAGUGAACCGAUUCGAGACAUUGUAAAAGCAGAAGAACGGCACAUGGAAAAGGAGACAAUAAUUGAUCAUCUAGUUCAAAAUGUGGAUGUCGCGUCUUCAACAUUGAUCAGCACUACGUCUAGUAGCUUCAAAUCAGUAAAACCGACAAUAAGAAUUGAAAUUAAUGAUAAAACAAAAAAAACGGAUGAUAAAGUUAUUCCUGAGGAGAGAAAAUCUCGAGAAAAUCAAACUAAAGAAGAAGAAAUUGUUGUUUCGUCUAUGGAAUCAAUCUUUGAGUCGAAUACAAUCGUAAUCAAAGAGAAAACAAAGAAUUUAGAUCCCACUGUUGUUAAACAUCGUGAAAAAUUACUGCCAAACAAUUCUGAAACGUGGAGUUAUUAUAGAAAACGUGAUCAAUUAGAAUUUGCAACAAAUGAAACAAGUACUAUUAUACCUGAAAUAAAACAAAAUGAAAACCGUCUUGUGAUAGAAUCUGUUGAUAAUUUGUCCAUUGAUGAAGAGAAUACAAAUGAUCAACAACGAAUAAAACGUAUAAUGAUGCCAAAGCGUAAAGUAUAUCUUGAACGUCUUCCACAAAAGUAUCAUCAGCAACGUCCGAGACAAUUUAUACAAGAUAUCAGCAAUAAUGAUCAUCAUCUUCCAGAUGAACACGAUAUCGUACAAGAUCUAAUUGAUCAGCAUACAAAACAGUUUGGUUUCUAUCGGCUACCUAAACGUCCAUUACUCUUACCAAAGAAAAUUUCAUUACAUUCUUUAUUAGGAGAAGAAUCACAUGUCCUUGCAAACAACCUACAGAAUUUUCCUAAUAGUCGUAUGCAUUUAACAGAUUUAAAUCGUAACAAGCAUUUACAAGAUAUAGAAUUUGUUCAACUUUUAUCAUGUCUAGUUAUUCGUGGAAUACAGAUUCAUAAACAACAUGAACGAAUAAGACCGGCAGCAUUAUCAUCGUUAUGGGGCAAUGAUUUAACACAAUCACUGUCACUUUUUACUGAUACAUUAAAUAUUUCACGUAUACCACUUCAUUCAACAAACAUGCACAAUAAUCUUGUAGCAUCGAAACUACCACCAAUUAUUAAUAUGCAACCAUCACCGAGAGAAAUGUACAAAUAUCCAUCGGAGCAUAUUAUAGAAAAUGCACGGUCAAAAGCAACGAAAGCUGGGAUAAACAUUAACAAAGUAUUAACCAUGCAAGAUGCAUUAGCAAGUGCUUUGAAAUCAGACAGAGAGCCGUCAAAAGGUUCUGAUCUUCUAAUACAUGGACCUAAUGCCUCACCAAUCAUUACGUCACUGAUGGAUGUACCUGAUCCUCAUUUAACGCCGUCAGAUAUAACACAUGCUGUCCUAUGUGAUAAACUACUCCAGUCUCAUGGUGCUCCACAGUCAUCACAAUAUAUUCAAAAAAUAUAUCGUUCGUAUCCAAAAUUUCUACCACUUUUACAUUCACGUAUUCCACAUCGUAUUAUUCCACUGAUUUGGAAUGAUCCGAUUAUACAACAAUUAGCAUCGAUUAUGGGAAAUAAAGGAGACGAUUCACCAAUUGAACAAACAGAAAGAAAAAAACUACGUUUACCUCGACAUAUAUUAAAAUUCGGUUUUCGUGAACUUAAUGAUAAUUCAAACGAAGCUGUUCAUUUUCUUCGAGAAGAUCAAACACCGAGAACACGCCGACGUCGAAUACACGUGCACCUAAUGAUUGAACGGCAUGAAUACGUCAAAUUUCAAUGGCGUCAAAUGUUAAAAACAAAAGUUGUAACUAAUGCAGACUACCGAACAUCUAAAAUUAACAAUAUGUCAGCAGAAUUCAAUAAAGCAGCUGAAGAUGUGAAGAAAUUGUCAAAAGCGCCAAGCAAUGAGGAAAAAUUACAAUUAUAUGGAUGGUUUAAACAAGUAAAUGUCGGAGAUGUUAACACAUCAAAACCAGGUGCAUUUGAUUUUGAAGGAAAAGCGAAAUGGGAUGCAUGGAACAAAAAUAAAGGAAUGAGUAAACAAGAAGCUGAACAGAAUUAUAUUGAAUUAGUUAAAAAAUUACAAGCAAAAUAG